UCCACCGAAAAAAACAAAUCGAGGCGACUGUUUGGAAGCGCCUCCUUUUAGAUGUCAACAAGGAAUGUGCAUGGAUCCUGAAUGGUAGCUCUUAGCAGCAGUUGGUGCUAAAGACGAUCGGAAAACAGCUUGUAGAAGAAAUAACCUGGAUCUGUCCUUUAGUGCAACGGUGGUCAGAUAUACCCUUUAACCCAAGACAGAUGUGGAUUGAUUGAUACGUCUGUCGUCAAGUCUCACAAUAUCCAUGUGUAUAAUCUUCCUGAAGUUUGAUCCUCGGCCUGCAUCCAAAAAUGCCUACAGGCUGAUUUUGGCUGCAAACAGAGAUGAGUUUUACAACAGACCGUCCAAAGCUGCAGACUUCUGGGGGACCAACAAUGAAAUCCUCAGCGGUCUGGACCAAGAGUAUGGGAAAGAAGGAGGAUCGUGGCUGGGAAUCAGUAAAUGGGGAAAGCUGGCGGCCAUCACAAACUACAUGGAAGGACAUCCGAACCCUAAUGCACAAGGAAGAGGGUUUCUCGUAUCUAACUACCUUAUGGAUAAGGAUGUGGACAGCUACUCCUACCUGAAGAAGGUGUCUGCAGAAGGCCACAUGUACAACGGCUUCAACCUCAUUACAGCUGAGUUCAAAGCCAAACAAGACAUGGUGUGUUACUAUGGCAACAAAGGCAGCUCUGAACCCAUCCGUCUGAAUCCAGCAGGGAUCUAUGGCUUAAGUAAUUCGCUCUUGGAUACCCCGUGGAAGAAGCUGCUGAAAGGCAAGCAGCACUUCACCAGCAUCGUCAGCGACCAGUCCCUGUCCUGCGACGGACUCGUCCAAGAGCUGCUCAACGUGCUUAAUAAUGAGGAGCUAAACACACCUGAUCCAAUUCAAGAGAAGCAGGGUGACGGUUACAGCCAGUCCAUGAUCCAGGCUCUGUCGGCCGUAUGUGUCCGCUCUCCUCAUUAUGGCACAAGGACCAACACAAUAAUCCUGAUAGAUGCAGAGGGGAACGUCACCUUCACAGAGCGCACAAUGAUCGACUUUGACACAAGCAAAUGGAGCACCAAUUCCUUUCGGUUCAACCUCCAGGCAUGAAGACGAGUUAGAGGAGACCAACUCUGUGCCUUUCUGCAACAGCUUUUCCUCCGUCGGCCAAUCGACUGCAGCUGCUCUUCCCAGAAAGACUGGCCUGUAGCUGCAAACAUGAACUACCUGUCAUCAAUUUAAUUUAAAAUGCUUCUUUAAAAACAGCUGUAAUAAUCUAGAGAGAAAAUGCCAAAGGACAAUAACAUUUUUAUGAAUAAAAUUGUUUUAUCUACAUGUCACAGAACACACUUGUUUGGAUGCGGGAAUGUCUAACCUGCUGUUUUCUGGUUAUCAUAAAAUCUUCAUGAAAACAUUGAAUCUGUUUGGAGUCAGAUUUUCUAACCUUAAAUAAAACAACAAUUCUUUCAGUUUUA